AUGACGCUGGCUGCCACCAUCCUCAUCAGUGUCGCCAUCCUCACCUGGCUGGCUUGCUUCUACAAGAGAGACAAGAACCAUGACCGGAAGUAUACAACCCAUACUCGGAAGAUGCCCCAGCCGAUGGGCUCACCAUUGGUCGGCAACUUGUUUCAAAUCCGCCAAGCGAACCCGUGGAUCCAGAUGUCCAAAUGGACCAAAGAAUUAGGUCCUAUCUAUCGUUUGAAAAUGGGCCGCUCCGAUCUGAUCGUAUUAGGAACGCCCAAAGCAGCAGUAGAGUUAUUAGAGAAAAGGUCAUCCAAAUAUUCAUCAAGACCUCGAAACAUUAUGACAUCGGAAUACGUCUCGAAAGGCCUAAGGCUAACAUUCAUGCCUUACGAUGACCUGUGGCGACGACAACGCAAGUUGUUACACCUGCUCACUCAACCCAAAGCCGCUUCAAACUAUCAUCCCAUUCAAUCUCAAGAAUCUGCCCAGCUUUGUUUAGACAUCUUCAAUCAUCCCCAAGAACAUUGGAAACAUUCUCAAAGAUAUGCCGGCUCGACUGUCUUGCAAAUCGCCUUCAAUCGACGAGCCCUAAGUAUCGAAGAUCCAGCGAUCACCAGCAUGAGGGAAUGCAAUGAGAAGAUGAUCGAGACGGCGGUACCAGGAAGAUAUCUAAUCGAUUCGCUUCCGAUCCUGUCCUACUUACCAUCGAUCCUCUCGCCAUGGAAACAAUACGGUAAUCAGCUCUUCAACGAAACCCUCGACCUAUUUGGAGAACUUUACCGAGGAGUCACUCAACAGUCUCAUCCCCUGCAGCAACCCUUCGAUCCUGCUCAUGGUGCUUGCUUCGUAGCUAGAAUCGAGAGUCUGAAAGAUUCUUACCGAUUGACUGAUAAUCAGGCUAUCUUCUUGGCCGGCGCAAUGUUUGGUGCUGGUAGUGACACGACAGCGGAUGCGAUCGAGACUUUUAUCUUUGCUUGUGCAGCUAAUCCGGAUAAAGUGGCCAAGGCCCAGGAGGAACUCGAUCGAGUUGUAGGGAGAGACAGACUCCCAGAAUUCUCGGAUGAGGAAGCACUAGUAUAUUGUGGGGCGAUGGUCAGGGAGUUGUUAAGAUGGAGAACAGUGAUACCCGGAGGUUUAGCACACAUGUCGACCGAAGAUGAUGAAUAUGAAGGGUAUUUUAUACCCAAAGGCACGACAAUUGUAGCUAACCAUUGGUCGAUCCAUUUGGAUGAAGAGACCUACAAGGAUCCUCAAAGAUUUAUCCCUGAAAGGUUUAUUGAUACCCAAACUGGCUUACUGAUUGGUACCAAAUGGUCUACCUAUGGUCAUCAUGCCUUUGGCUUUGGUAGAAGAAUUUGUCCAGCUUUACAUAUUGCAAACAAAUCAUUAUUUAUUACGUUUACAAGACUCUUAUGGAGCUUUGAGAUUAAAAUUAAAUCAUCAAGCGCAAUGAGCACGGAAGAAUUUGUAAGAUCAAUCAAAUUUUCUACGGGAUUCUCUUCUCAUCCAAUCAACUUGAACGACUCGUUUAUCGAGAUCCUGCCACGAGACUCUUCAACCUUCAAAGUCUUGACCGAAGCUGUUGAGCAUGCCGGAGUUGAUCCUAUCAAGUUAUGA